AUGCCGUUGUUGCAUCCGCUGGUGGUGGCUGCUUCUUCUAUUUCAGCCACCGCUCCCUCUGGUCGUCGUCGUUGCUUCCAUCGGUCCAGUCCGUCUGCCGUUCGGUGUUGCUCCUCUCCUCAGUCACGCCGCUGCUACGUCCGCUGGUACAAUAGGUACAAUAUGCAUUCUGAUAGAGGUUGGAUGUAUGCAAGACUUAAAGAUGGUCUACUAAAUUCUUUAUUCCUUGAAGGAUUAAAUGAAUUCAUAUCAGCUGCCAAACAGUUUCCAGGCUGUUUGAAUGGAGAACUAAUUAGGUGUCCAUGUAAUCAAUUUAAGUGCCAAAAUCACAAUUUUGAAUAUGAGAAUACAGUUAGGUUUCAUCUGAUGAAAUAUGGGUUUGUUAGAGACUAUUAUCAACUAGUUGCAGAUGCAGCAGGGCCUAGUUUCUCCCCAUCAAUAAGUAAUGAGCCUCCAAACCAAUCUACUCAGAGAUUGUAUGACAUGUUGGCAGCUGCUAAUCAGGAAUUGUGGCCAGGUUGUGAAAAUCAUUCGCAACUAUCAGUUGUGGCAAGGAUAUUGAAUAUCAAAUCUGAACAUCAUUUGUCUGAACGUUGCUUUGACAAUAUUUUUCAAUUCAUCAAAGAAAUUUUACCUAUUGAUAAUUUAUUUACUGAUAAUUUCUACUCUACAAAGAAAUUACUUGAAGGCUUGGGAUUACCAAUUCAGAAGAUUCAUAGUUGCUUAAAUAGUUGUAUGAUUUAUUGGGGUGAGGAUAAUGAAUUGCUCAGGUGUAAGGUGUGUGACCAUCCGAGGUAUAAACGAUUGCGAGAUGGCCAGAGCUCUAGUAAAACCCAAGUUGCUUAUAGUAAAAUGUAUUACAUGCCAAUCACACCUAGACUACAAAGGUUGUACGCAUCUAAUGCUACAGCUAAGGAUAUAACUUGUGCUGAGAAACGUAAUGUCCGCCUAGGACUGUGUACCGAUGGUUUUCAACCAUUUGGACAAUCUAGGCCUAGAAAUCCAAAAGAUAAGUUGGAUGUGUACUUGCAACCCCUAGUAACUGAGCUGGAAGAUUUAUGGGAGAAUGGAGUUGAAACAUAUGAUGCAUUCAAUAAAGAAAAUUUCAACUUGCGAGCUGCUUUAAUGUGGACUAUAAGUGAUUUUCCUGCUUAUGCAAUGUUAUCUGGAUGGAGCACUGCAGGACGGACCGCUUGUCCUUAUUACAUGGAAAAUAGUGAUGCGUUCGACAAGAGGAGAAAGCUAAACCACCAAUUUUCCGGUGAAGAAGUACUAAAACAGAUUGACGAAUUGGGGUUUAAGAGGGUUAUAGAUGAAGAUGCAGCUGAAAUAAAUUCCCGUCUAUCAAAGCAAUGCGGUUGGCGAAAAAAAAAGUAUCUUUUGGGAUUUACCCGGAUUAUGCCAAUUGCAUUUCGUGAGUUGCUUCCUUCAAAUGUUUGGCAGCCCUUAACAAAGUUGAGUAAUUAUUUUAGGGAAUUAACAUCUACCGCUAUAAGUGAGAGUGAUAUGUUACGAUUGCAUGGUGAAAUUCCUUUGAUCAUAUGUAAGCUUGAACGUGUUUUCCCUCCAAGCUUCUUUGAUUGUAUGGAACACCUCCCCAUCCAUCUAGCAUAUGAAGCAUGGCUAGUAGGUCCAGUGCAAUAUCGGUGGAUGUAUCCUUUUGAACGAUAUCUGCGACGGCUUAAGAAUAAUGUCAAAAAUAAAGCUAGAGUCGAGGGAUCAAUAUGUAAUGCGUACCUAGUAGAAGAAGCAACUUCAUUUUGUGCGCAUUACUUUAAGUCGUAUGUCCAAACUAGACAUCGAAAAGUGCCAAGUAAUGUUGACAUUUCAGAAAGUAAUGAAAAUUAUGAAGGUAAUCUAUCAAUUUUUAUGCAGUUCGGUCGACCAAUAGGAAAAGGGACAACUAGAUACCUUAUGGAGGAUGAGUAUAAAGCAGCACAAAUCAUUUACAUUGAUCAACUGCACUCAAAAAAUCCGUUAAUCAAUGAUUCUCAAAUUGACAUCAAAUUGGAGAGUGAAUUUGCUAUAUGGUUCAACAACUUUGCUCAUAAUUUGUGCAGUAAUAUAUCCAACAAGUUUAUCAUAUUGCUUGCAAAGGGUCCAUUACGAAGUGUGACAUCAUAUAAUGGAUAUAUAGUGAAUGGAUAUAAGUUUCAAUCAAAGUCAUACUAUGCAAGUAGAGCAAGUAUGAACAGUGAGGUGUGUAUUAAGGGGUCAAAUUACAGCAGCGAAGAGAGCGAUUACUAUGGACAAUUGCUUGAAGUUAUACGUUUGGAGUAUCCAAGUCUUUCAAUCAAGCGAGUUGUACUUUUUAAAUGCAAUUGGUUUGACCCCACUCCAAAUGUUGGCACAAAGGUCCAUAGUAAAUAUAAACUUAUCGAUGUAAAUCAUAAACGAUCAUUUAAUAGAUACGAGCCUUUUGUGCUGGGAGUACAAGCAAUACAAGUGAUAUACACACCAUAUCCUAGCCUAAAGCGAGAUAAAAUUGAAUGGUGGGCUACUGUAAAAGUUAAAGCACGUUCUGUAAUUCAACUUUCAACACAAGAAAACACAACCUACUGA